UUGAGGCCCAAGUUCGUCAACGGCAGAUGAACAACCUCGAGAACAUCCGCAGGGGGCUGCUCAGCCUCGAUGUGGGUGUGAGGUUAAAGGAGCUCUCAGACUUGUACAAGCACGCGGACGUGUUCUUGACUCCACAGCUUCCACGCAUCCUCGAUGUGCUCUUCCCGGUCUUCACAAUGAUCAUGCGGACGCAAAUCCCGCCGCAGUUCGUCCACAACGACAAGAACCGAUGCCGAAAACUCACAUUGCAGAUCCUGAAUCGACUACCAUACAACGAAGCGCUGAAACCGUAUGCCAGUCGCCUCCUCCACUUGCUCAUGGAAGUCCUCACUGUGGACAAUGUGGACAACUGCCUCAUUGCGCUCAAGACUAUCUUCGACUUGCACCGCAAUUAUCGCCCCGGGCUCAAGAACGAAGUGCAACCCUUCCUCGAACAAAGUCAAAAGAUGUACAAGAACAUUCAGACCAUUAUGAAGAAGCAGUUCUCGGGACCGCCGGAACCGCCGCUCGCUACGGUCGGCCAACCACCAGCACCUGCGAUCCCCGCUUCCAUCGUGCAACCCACCGCAAACACACAACCGACUGCAACUACGACGGCGAUGACAAUGGCAUUGACGACACCACCAUCCCAGGAAGCACCCGCGACGGCUACACAGGAUGCCACACAGACUGUGCCUGCCGCAGAAGUCGACGCAAACGAAAUCACAGACGAUCCUAUGAUGUCAUCAGAGGACCUUGCGACAUCUUCGAUGCCCCCCGCACUAGAGGUCACGCCAAGCGCAUCGUCCGCUUCUGAUGCAAAUCCAACCAAGUCGACGGACAUUUCGAUCGACCCGAGCGACGCCGUGCAGGUAGUCCCUGCAAUUCCUCCCUCCACUCGAGCCAUUGCCGUGCCUUCGUCGGAACGAAUGUCGUCACAAGGUCCUGUGACAAUUCCCGCUGCUCAGGUUCCCGCAGACGCUCCGACAACUGUUGCACCAGACAGCGGCUUGUCCGAGGAGACCGCUUCUUCGGCAACGGUCCCAACAACGAUCUUGUCGGUGGAGGUGCCGCUGUGUUCCGGCGUGGAGUCAUUCAAGACGAUGUCGGAAUUCCCGCUCAUCAUCAUGCUGCUUUUCCAGUGCUACCCCAACUACAUCGAAAACUACAUCCCGAUCUUGGUGCCGCUCAUGAUGUCGACCUUGUCGUUGCGGUGUCCGGAGCACGCCCCCAAGUUGUAUCCGACAAAAUACGUGGAUUUUCUCGACUGCCAGGUCAAGACGCUGUCGUUCGUCACUUACUUGCUGCGCGGGUUUGCCAACCUCAUGCGCCCCUUCCAGGACACCAUUUGUGACAACACGGUCAAGCUCUUGAUGGCAUGUCCCAAGGACGCGUUUGUGCUGCGCAAGGACAUCUUUGUUGCGGCGCGCCAUAUCUUGUCGACGGAUUUCCGCCGUGGGUUCUACGCGCAGUUGGAAACCCUCAUGGACGACGACAUCUUGAUCGGAAAGGGGCGGUGCAGCUACUACCAGAUUCGCCCCCUCGCAUACUCGACACUCGCCGACAUGGUGCACCACGUUCGGGACAUGCUCACGCUCGGUCAAGUGAGCAAGAUUGUGUCGUUUUACGGCAAACGCAUUCACGACCCAACCCUUCCAGUCCCGAUCCAAACCACGGCGAUUCGACUCCUCUUGAACCUCGUCGAUAUCAGUGCCAAGAACGAAGACGCCGAUGGGUGGCGCGGCCGCAACAUCCUGUCGCGCAUUCUGCUCACGAUUGCUACAAAGUUCGGCACGACGUUGAAGAGCUUGCCGGUCGUGCUGUCCAUGUCGUCCACGACGGAUCGUGCAGUCGACCCGUUGGAAGGCGGCGCCAUGGACAAGAUCAAACAAAGCAAGUUGGUCCCCCAGCCGGACGAAAAGUUGUCUGUCGUCGACGCGGCGCUAAAGAAACUCCUGGCCCCGUACGAAACGAUGCAGCGAUCGUACGUGGGGCUCCCAGAGGAGGAGCCCACCCUGCGAGACGUGAAAUCUCUCCUCCGAACCAUGAUCCUGGGCAUUCGUGCUGUCAUCUGGUGCACGGCCAACUACCGAAAUCCCCAUGCCAAGGACUUGACGUCGAUGGAGGCCACAACACUCCAUCACAGCUCGUCCAUGGCUGCGUUGGGGCACGACGCGGCAGGUGCUACAUACUCGGACACUCACAUGUACCCGCUCACAGACGACGAGCGUGCGCUGAUUGCCAAGGUGCUUCAAAACGGUUUGCGUUGCUUCAUCUUGUACACGUUGUCGGACAGCUCGAUCGCCGAGGAAAAGCAAAUGCUCGACCACUUUGCGGGCGCGUGCACGGUGUUGGAUGCGGCGGAUUUUCGGGACCUCUUUCUCGCCAACAUUGAGCUUCUCUACCAGUGCAUCUUGCAGGACCACGCGAUACUGACCGUGCCCCAGCACUUUCUCGCGAAUGCGAACGUGAGUUGCUGGUUUGCCGAGAUUUUGCUCAACUUCCUCGUCACCCAGUUGGACGUGUUGGGGGUCGACGUCGAUGGGGACGUCCCCGACAUGGAUCGCGCGGAAAAGAUUUGCCAAAUCACAAGCCUUACGUUUGAACACAUGCGGCCCGUGCAACAAGCGCAGAAAGCGUCGAUCGUGCUGCGUUUAUUCAAGAUUGUGUUUGGGUCGGUGACGCUUUUUAAAGCAAACGAAGUCGCCCUCUUCCCCCACUUGAAAACUAUCAUCGUGUCGUGCCUGAGCAAUGCGACGAAUACCAAGUGCCCAGAUAACUAUCUCCUGCUUCUCCGCGCGCUGUUUCGGUCGAUCUCGGGUGUCAAGUUCGAAAACUUUUACAAAGAGGUCCUUCCGCUGCUCCCCGGGCUCUUGUCGGCCCUUAUGCGACUGCAAAAACAUAUUCAAAAGCCUUCGAUGCAAGAAGUUCUACUUGAGCUGUGCUUGACCAUUCCAGCCCGACUCAGCUCGUUGCUCCAGUACCUGCCGUCCCUCAUGAAGUCCGUCGUCCAGGCCAUCUUGUCCAAGGGCGAGUUAGCCAACCUGGGGCUGCGGACACUCGAGUACUGGGUGGACAACUUGAAUCCGGACUUCUUGUACCCGAUCAUGACUUCCCAAGAACGGUUGCUCACGGAAAUCAUCGAAGCCCUCAACACGCACUUGCACCCACCGCCGUACCCGUACGGAGAGCUCACGAUGCGUAUUUUGGGCAAAAUCGGUGGCCGAAAUCGCCAGUUCAUCACGGACUCGUUAAAAUUGAAGCCGUCGUCCCAUAGCUUCGACGGGAUUGUGCUCGAGUUUGGCUGCGAUGCAUUGCCCAGCUCGUUGCCAAUUCCCAUGGACAUUCCCAUUCAACACGUGUGCAAGUUGCUCGCGCAAUUUGCGAAACGCCACGAGCCACCGUCGUCGGAUUCGCACCACAUACGCCCCGACGGGUCAUCGUCGGCAGGAUCGAGUGUCCAUCCCCACGACGAGGACGAGGUCGAGUCGAACGUCGGGAUGCUCGAGAAGGACGACAAGACUCUCGCGCUGGAAAGUGACACAGUUGACAAGAUUAAAGCCACGAUCUUACAUCAAAAGCGACACGCGUUUGCGUUCUUGAAGCAUCAACUCGCGAUUUCGUUACGGUUGCCAGAGAUCGUUCCGAUGUACUCGUCUGCUUUGAACAAAUCGUUUGCCGGAGCGGAAGACCACCACACCGUCACCGACGAGCUCAAGCAAUUCUUCUCGUCGACGUCCGAGUACGCCGGUAUUUCGAAGGACAAGAUUGCCGCGCACGAGAGUUGCAUCCGCACAAUGCUCCAGUCCUUGUUCGAGUGUGUGGCCGAUGUCGACUUGACUGGCGACGCCACAGCGCUCCUGCGAUGUGUUGCGGUGCACUUUACCGUUGUCGUGCUGUCGUAUUCGAAGCGAAAACCUCCCAACCUGAAUGUGUUAGCGUCACUGGUUAAGCCGACGAUCUUACCAGGUCCUCGCGGACUGUCUCCGGGCCGAAUGCUCGGAACGUCUGCGCGCAUCGAAGUCUACCGUGAAGCCUACCACGGUUUGACGUAUUUUCACGAAAUGCCCAACAGGAUGGAUCCGUUCGUUGUAUUUGAAGUUCUCGUCGACAUCUUGUCCGACCCGGACGAAAAGGUCGUGGAUGUCGGCCGCCUGGGACUUCAAGUUGUGGUUGACACCGCCGUCGCGAUGUACGACGAAAACGCAGAGCAGGCGGCCAAGCAAGGCGGCGCGCUGUUCAACACAAUUUGUGAGAUUUGCAGCCAUGCUUGCCACAACAAGAGUUCGUGGCGACACAAGUUGGGCGGCACGCGGGGCCUUCAAGUCCUCAUCGACCGCAUGCAUGUGGACUGGUGUCGCGAGAACGAAAUGUCGAUGGUGCGAAGUCUCCUGUUUGUCUUGUCGGACCAUCCGCCGGAAGUGAGUGCUGGAAUUACCGAAGAAGCCGGGGAAGCGUAUUUGACCCUAUUACGAAAAUGCCACCACCCCCCUGAGCCGACGAAACUGGACGAAAUGAUGAUGCAUCUCAUCGAAGAGACGAAGCCAUCAGAGUCAUUAAACAACUUGGGCAUCGCGUUUCCAGACGCGACUAUGCCAACCUCGUCGUCACCCGUGCUGACCGACUACAACUCGGAACUCCUGCAGCUGCUGGUUGUCGAAUUGCUGAGUGCGAGUACACCCGUCCGGUCGUAUGCCAAGCAAGCGAUUGCGAUCUUUGCAGAUUUCGCAGGCUGCUCCGUGACAUCGCUCUUGCUGCCGUACCAACAAGCGCUGGCCAAGCAGAUCAUGGGCACUAGCUUGCGACUCUUGCCCCUGGGCACUCGCACGGGGUACAUCGAUGCGAUGGCAUAUACAUUAACACUGGAGCCACCUGUGUUUACGCUGAACAAGGAACUGCUCGUGUUUUUGCAAGAAGUAUGGACCCUCGUCUCUGAAGAUACAUCGGCAACAUCGAGCUCGUCGCCGCGAGGUAGCCACCCAACACUCUCGGAGACUUUUAGUGGCCACGAGUACCCGUUUGGACUGAAUCAAGUAUGCCAGCUGCGCAUCGCCGCCAUUCAAUUGCUGCGCGCGGCAUUUGUGAACGACGACACGUUGAAUCAACACCAAGACUCUCGGAAUCGCUUUGUCGGCGUGUUUUUCAGGUUCCUGACGGGCCAACCAAAGGAGUUGGUCGACUGCGCCCAAAAGGCGCUCACAGACGUUGUGAUCAUGAACAAGCGAAACCAAGAACGGUCGCUGCCAAAGGAAUUGCUGCAGCAAUGCCUUCGCCCCGUCUUGCUGAAUUUGGCCGACUACCGAAAACUGACCAUCCCGUUGCUGGAAGGUCUGUCCCGGUUGCUGGGGCUCUUGAGCAAUUGCUUCAACGUGACGUUGGGCGAAAAGCUCUUGGAGCACUUGAAGCAAUGGCGAGACCCGGAGCGCAUCAUCAAGGCCGCUAUCUGGAAGCGCGGCGAAGAACCCAACGUCGCCGCUGCCAUCGUCGAUUUGUUUCACUUACUCCCGCCGUCUGACACCUUUUUGGACCCAUUGAUCUUGUGCGUUGUGGAACUGGAAGCUGUGCUACCCAAGUAUGGCAGCUUUGGCAAACUCAGCUCGCCAUACCGCCUGCCGCUGGUCCGCUUCUUGAAUCGAUAUGCUAACCAAGCCGUGUCGUUCUUUCUAAAACGGGAACACUUGAUCGACAGCACGUACUCGCUGUUGUUUCAGCAGCUCGUCAAGCAUCCCGAGGCCACGGAACUGCGCCACGUGCUGACAUCGGACUCUGGUACUGAGUCGAUCAUCAACGCCACGUUGACCCCCCAAGUGUCGAAAACCUCCCCACCCAACGCAGCGGCAACAGUCACCACCCCGAAAGCGCCGGACGACGAGAUGAUUCAAAUUGGCGCGCAGAAAGCUGCUUCGCAAGCGAUCGCGACUGCCCAGGCUCAAGGAUUGACUGCAUCGAUAGCAGAGCAAAAGGGAAAGCUGGCUCGGGCAGCAUACCUUCAAAAUGCGACGGGCAGUUUUGGUACCAGUAGCCAAUUGACACCGCUAACGCAAGUCCAAAUCCAGGCGCAUGCCCAAAAGCUCCAUGCCCAAACCUUGACCGCUGCCCAGGCGCAAGGGUUGUCUCUCGUCCAAGCCCAAGCGCGGGCGCAACAAGUGAUGAAGGAUUACAUGUCGAAGCACUUGCAAAUGGCGUCGCCUCAACUGCCAUCUCCAAAUGCAGCGCUCGUGUCGCAGCAGCAAGCCCAAUUCCAAGCGCAGAUUCAAGUCAACGCACAAAAAGUUCACGCUCAAGCGCUCGCGACGGCGAAAGCGUCGGGGCUGAAGCUCGCCGAUGCCCAGGACAAGGCCAAGCAAGCGCAAACUCAGUACAUUCAAAUUGCCAAGGCCCAAGCGCAAGCCAAGAUGGCGCGACAGCAAAUUCAGUCGCCCAUGGCGGCGUCGAAUUUGGCGACGAAAUCGCAGCAAGAAGCCCUGGAGCUUCAUUUUCAAGGGAUUCGGCUGGUCCGGUCACUGUCCAAGUUAGAACCCAAGUGGCUUGCAAACAGCAGCAACGGCAUGAUCGACUGCAUUCGAAAGUUGUGGCGGUCGCCCAGUCGUGUUCAACGAUUGCUGACCCAGGACCGCUUGCCGAUUCGAUACCACUUGGAAUCGAAGCUCUUGAUCAAGUGCUUGAUUCAGUACUGCCGCGCCAACCCCGAAGACGUCCAAGUGCUGCUCGAAAUGCUCACAGUUUUCAUGCACCACACCUCGUUCGACUUUAGCUUUCUUCGUGCGUUCUACCGCGACGAAGUGGCGUGUGGGUAUUCGACCACGAACAAGCGGAACAUCAUUCACCUCUUCCUGCGCAUGCUGCGCGACACGACGGCGUCGGAGGAUCUCAAGGUGCAUGCGAUUCAGCUGCUCGUCAUGCCUCUCCUCAAUACGUCGUUUGAGGACCCGCACACCAACAACGCGGACGUGAUGGACCCGGACGCAGUCAUGAUGAUGCUUCGGGAAAUCUUGGCCAGCAAAGAAUACCCGCAAGACUCGUACCAAGCGCUUCGAAUCGAACUCUUGAAGCUGGGGACGCUCCUCAUUCAACACAUGAGUCGGUACGUGACUGACCAUCGCAAGGAAGUCAUCAAGUUUGCUUGGAACCAUCUGAAAGCCCCCGACUUGACCUCCAAGCUCUGGGCAUACGUCAACGUGUGCCGAUUCAUAUCGGUCUACGACACGCCCCCGAAGAUUGUCUUGCAGGUGUACGUUGCCCUCCUUCGGACGUACGAGAUGGACUCGCGAUUCUUGGUGCGCAAAGCGUUUGAUAUUUUGCUGCCGGCGCUGCCGACGCGACUACCGGCACACGAAUUCAUCAAAGCCAUCAAGUGGACCAAGAAGAUUGCGUUUGAAGAAGGUCAUGUUCUCCAGCAACUUGUCCACAUUUGGUACCUUAUUGUUCGCCAGCCGUCGCUGUUUUACCCGUUUCGAGGCCAGUUCAUUCCGUUGAUGGUCAAUUCGUUGAACCGGUUAGCCAUUCCACCUAGCAGCACCCAAGACAACCGGCGGCUUGCCGUCAGUAUCGUGGACCUCGUCAUUGCGUGGGAGACGGCGCGGCGGCAACGCGUGUCAGACAAAGGUUUAGACAAGGCGUCGUUGAAGCGUCCUGCUCCGACUGCCGCCACGACGGCCGUGGAAUCCGACGAAGGGGCGGCGGACAAGCGUCAAAAACUCGAUGGGGACGGUUCAUUUGCUGCGUCUGCGCCGAGUGGCGCACCUGUGUCCGCAACGCCAACUGAACUCGCCACCGCCCCGUCGGCUUCUCCCCACGAUGACGACACGGCCGCCCCAAAUGGCCACGAAGAUGACUUUGAACUGACUGGGGCCAUGACAGACUUGAUCGUAAACUUUGCGUUUCGGUUUGCCCUGGCGUGUGCGGACAAGCAGGAAACGAAUCGGCUUUCCAAGACUUGCGGUGAAUUGUUUCAUCGCGCGCUGCAUUUGUGGCCGUCCGCGUCGAUUCGGUUUUCGUACUUUGACAAGUUGAUCGCCGUGACGGCGGAAGUGAUCAUCAUGCAAGCGAAGCCGACGCAGCCACCGGAAACAAACGCGUCCAUGCCGUCGUUUUUGAGUGUUCCGAAGGGCGCGCCAUUGGCAUCGUUGGCAAUUCUAAACGCUGUCCUCGGGAUUCUCAACACGCUCAUCUCCCCCCAGGUCAUUCAGCACUCGAACCGACCGGUGCCGUACGUCGUCCAGUACGCGCCACGCAUCAUGAAGCUGCUCGAACCGUGUUUUGACCGCCAAAACAACGAAGUUCAAAUGCACUUGGCAUCAUAUCUGGAGCACAUGAUCAAGCUGUACCCUCCAGACGCGGCUCCGCAACAACUCGUCGGUUGCAAAUUUUACAGUUGGCUUCGCGACAUCCUGAACGAACGCCUGCUGAAAGCCGCCGCCGUUCCGAACGACCCAACCGCUUCUCCGACGGAUGCGACUGCUUUGAUCAACAGUCCCAAGCCCAAACCCCCUGCGAUGAAACCGGAAGGGAGCAAACCGUCCGUUCCGAGUCCUCAUGCGAAUGCUCCACGUCGGGACAUGAGUGCGCUGAACCCGAUGAUCAAUCAAGAAGCUGCUCGCAUGCGCUUGUUGUUUGCGCACUCUCCAAACGCAAGUGCGGCACUUUCCUCCCGUGUCAGCUCUCCAGGGUCGUACACGUUGAAAAUUUUGAUGGAUUUGGGCAAAGAGUGCCCGAAAUUCAUCGACUUGUUCGUCCCUGCACUGCUAAAGCUCGCGCAACGGUUCACGAAGGAGCAUUUGCAGCAUGUUGUCCCGAAAACGACCGCGUCGCUAGAAGGAUCCGUCGGAGGCAUCGAUGUCGGCGUGAGUGCGGGCGCUCAGAGCAAAGACCGUGUCAUGGCAACGCCAGCCCUUGCGAUUGUCCACGAAUAUUCGCAAUUGAAACUCGGCCGGUCGAACUUGACUGUGAACAAUGUCGUGCGGACGAAGAAAGGGGGCAACUCGAGUGGGACCGGCGGCGGGACGUCGACAAACGGGGGUAUGAAAGAAGAGAAGAAGAAGAAGACUGCGGCAACUGGUGGGCCGAAGGACCCAACUACCACAAACAAAGCUGCAGUUGUCGCGAAGAAGCGUGCGUUUCCGUCGAAUUUUAUCCGCAAGGCAUCGAUGGACAUGCUCAUUUCAUGCUUCAAACUCCUCGCGCAGUGCACGUUCGAGUCUCCCGAGUACAGUCGAUUGUUUGUCCAGCUCCUGUCGCACUGCCUGGAGCAUUCCGUGCACGUGCCAUUGCUGCUGGAAAUUACAAAGAUUGUGUCGGGCAUGAUCAAGGACGAGACAACACCCGGCUUUACGAUCAAAGAGAAGGCGCUGUUGCUGUCGAAAAUGGCCACGUUUGACCGUCUCCAUGAAAUAUCGACCCAACCGCUCAUGAACGAAUACCACCAGUUGAUUCUGAAGAUUUGCAGUCCGUCGGAUGCUCUGGGAUCGACCACCAUCGGUCUCAACAUGUCUGGGCCGUUCCUCGUCGGGCUGAUGUCGAGUGAAUCAGCCAUUCGGAACGUGUUUUUCACAAAGUUUGAACAGCAUGCCGGCCAGUCGCCCACGAAGCGGCUCAAGUUCGUCCUCGAACAAGAUUGGCAAGCGUGUGGCACGCGGUUUUGGCCGGUAAUUGCGAUUGAGUUGCUCUUGAAGUCAUUUUUCUCGGACACUGUGCCCAAGCACUCGAUCGCGACAUUUCCUCCUGUCGCAACCUCGUCUGGCGCGGACAACAUCCAGAGCGCAUGGUUGAAGCCCCACAUCCAAGCCCUCAAAGCGUGGAGCAACGUUGACGCAACUCACUUGCUGCGUCCGCUCUGUGAAUUGAUCCAUAUCGACUUGGAAAUGGCGAACCAUCUGUGGAGUUGCUUGUUUCCGUACGCGUGGGCCAACCUGCAUCCCGAGUACAUGAGCCCGACGCAAAAUUUAAUGCGUCUGCUGUCACAAAAGUACCACCGCCGCGAAUUGAAGUUGCCACAGGCCAACGCUUCUCGCCACAACGUGGUCCAGACGUUCAUGGCUGGCAUCAUCAACGCCCAGCCCACGCCCAUCUUUACCGCCGAGCUCCUGUUAUACCUGGCAAACACAUACAAUGUGUGGCAGGACGUCGUGCGGAUUUGUGAGUACCAAGUCUUGAGUCCGCUGACGCUUGUGGAAGACCGCGAGCGGUGGGCGGAUGCUCUCAAUGUAAUUUACCAAGAGCUGAACGAAAGCGACUGGCAAGUUGGUCUCAACGUCCAAGUCUGUCAAAAGCCUGAGACGAAGGAAGGGCUGUACUUGCAAGCGCAGGGAUACGUGAACGAAGCGCAGGACAUUUUCUUCAACGCGUUGUCCCAGACAUCCACAGCCGUCAAGAUCGAGUCGACCAAGUUUGAGAUGAAAGUGCUCGAGUCGCGGUGGGUCGGGUGCGUCAAGGAUUUGUGUCAGUGGUCGCUCAUGAACGACUUUGCCAAAACGACGCAAAACCAAGAGCUCAUGCUCGACUGUUGCUGGAAGCGUGGCGACUGGGGGUCGGCAAAGCAGUUGCUGCAUGCAUCGUCGAUCCAAGCAGCCUCGGAAGCCGGAUGUCCGUCGAUUCGCCUCAAGAAGCUGUACAUCUCCAUCUUGGACGGCGACAAGAAACCCCAGGUCGAGUCAUUAGUUUCGCAGAUAGUCGACCUUGCGCUCCAUCAAUGGCAGGGACUGCCGCGGAUUUUGUCUCGAGCCCACGUUCCGCUCCUCCACUUGUUUCACCAGUUUGUCGAAGCCAAAGAGUCGCUUCAAAUCAUGGCCGACAUCAAGCAAGCAACUCAACAACACAACUUGCCCAACCUGAAGCCGUCCAUUAACACGUGGCGCGAGCGCUUGCCAAACAAAUAUGAGCCCAUCUUGAUGUGGGACGACAUUUUGACGUGGCGAUCGCACAUGUUUGCCGUCGUCAAGGGCACAUUCAGCUGGAGUGACGCGCAGCUGUUGGCAUGCAUGCACGACAUUCCGUGGUCGAUUCUGAAGGUGGCCCACACGGCGCGCAAGCAGCAACUUCCCGACGUUUGUUUGCACUCUCUGGCCCAGUUGUACUCGAUUCCUGCGAUGGAUGUCCAAGAUGCCUUUUCAAAACUGCGUGAACAAGUCAGCAUUUGCUACGAGACUUCCAAGGACUACCAGGGCGGGGUCACGAUCCUCAACCAAACCAACUUGGAAUACUUUGACACGCGGCAAAAAGCCGAAUUGUUCCGCAUGAAGGGCCUGUUUAUGGAUGCGCUGGGCGACACCCACGAAGCGAACCAAGCGUUCUCCCGCUGUUUGCAGAUUUGCGAUAGCUACGGCAAGGGGUGGUUGAGCUGGGGCCAGUACUGCGACAAGCUCUUUGCCGAACGAAUGGACGUCGAGUUUGCUGCUCAAACGAUUGCUUGUUACCUUCAAGCCGUGCAUCAUCGGUCGUCAUUUGCCCGAUUGAUGCUGGCUCGAGUCUUGUGGUUGCUCAGCAUGGACAACGACAAAUGUGUGUUGAUUCAAGCGUUCGAGACGCAUGGAAAGCAAUUGCCUAUUUGGAUUUGGAUCGUCUGGAUUCCUCAGCUGCUCAUGUCGCUGUGCCGUCCGGAAGCGCCGCAAAUUCGAGGACUCCUUCGUGGCUUGUCGGCCAAGUUUCCACAGGCGUUGUACUACACGAUGCGAGCGUUCUUUUUGGAAAACCGCGAACUCUUUUCGAUGGACAAGGACUCGAUGACGAACCGCGGUCUGUCGUCGGCCCCCCCGACGCCACUUGCAUCCCACACGCCAAAGCACGGCACUGCGAUGACGACCAGCGACAUGAUGUACUUUCGGACCCGCACGGGGCAUGUGAUUGCCGUGCCAAUGUCCCACGAGCACAUCACGGACAUUCCAGGUCUGGUCGGCGCCAGUCGAAGCAAUCCGUCGUUUUUUGGGUCGGCGACCGUCUUGACGCUGGAAGCGUGGAUGGAAAAGGUGGCGGCGGGCGAAUUACAAAAGACAGACGUGAGUCCCGUGCAGUAUGCCGAGGAUUUGCUCAACUUUCUGCGCCGAUCGCACGACGCGUUGGCGUUUGAAAUGGAAUGCAUGCUCGAAGAAAUGAUUGUCCGGUUUCGGCCAGAACCCGAGGAAGAGUUGCUCACGGCUGUCCACUCGUUGCUGCUCAAGUGCUACCAGCUGCCGAGUUUUGCAAAGACGGAACCGGUGCCGAAGAUGCUCAAGGAAACCCUCCACCGAGUGUGCAACAAGUUUUUCGUUUUGCAGCAGCACCAAAAGAGCGAAAAGCACGUGGCGUUCGUAGACGAGUUCAAAGGCCCUUUUGAAGCGCACUUUGUUUUGGCCGAUCGGCCAGCGGAGGGAGCGGCCGACGCCGCGCCGGAACCACUCUUGAGUGACGUGAUGAACCGUCUCAAGGCGUGGAAAAACGUGCUGCAAUGCCGCGUUCGAAGAUACGGCCAGCGCAACGCGGACAAGGUGUUUUUGGAACAUAGCAGCCGCCACUUGGUCGAAUUGAACAGCACGAGUUUGGAAGUGCCAGGACAAUACUUGACCAACAGUGAACCGAUCAAGGAGCUGCACGCGCGGCUGCAGUACUUUCACAGCACGACCGACGUGCUACUACGCAACGGGUACACCCAGCGCCGCAUCACGCUUGGCGGGAACAACGGCGACACGUACUCGUUCUUGGUGCAAUACGCGAUGACGUACAUCACCCGCUGCGACGAGCGCGUGAUGCAAAUGCAUUUGCUCAUGAAUCGGUUGCUUGCCCGCCACAAAGAGACCAAGAAGCGACACAUUAUGUGCCACGCGCCCAAAGUGAUUCCGUUGACGCCGCGCGUCCGCCUUCUCGAAGACAACGCGAACAAUGUGUCCCUGGGCGAGGUUGGUCGCGAUUUUCCAUGCCCGUUUCGUGAAAUGAUGGAUGUCAUCGUUAGAUCUUUGAGCUCGACUGCCAGGCGCUCAACCAGGACCCAAACUACCCCGUCGAGCUGUAUCGCCACAAGAUGAGCGACAUUGUCGACGCCCCGGCCAGCUUGAAACUCGCGAUUUACAACGACAUUUGUGACCAUCACGUGUCCGAGUACGUCUUGACAAAGUAUUUGCACCGCAUGCUGCCGCACUUUGACGAUCUAUUUCACUUUCGCACGGCCAUGACGGCCCACCUCGCGCUGAACUCGUUGUUGUCGUAUGCGCUGCAUGUCGGCGAUCGGACGCCGCACAAGAUUGUUUUCUCCAAGCAGACUGGUCAAGUUGUGAGCUGCGAGAUCCGACCGGGGUAUGCCACCAGCGGGAUCGUCGAGUCGUCGUGCACGAUGCCAUUCCGCCUGACGAGGAAUAUGCACACGUUUAUGACCAACACGGGCGUGGAGGGUCCGUUCACGAUUGCAAUGACGGCUGUGGCCCAGGCGCUGACGUGCGACCACCACGAAUCGAUCAUGAUCAACCAACUGAGCCUCUUCUUCCGCGACGACCUUCUGUCAUGGCACACGUCCAAGACAAAGGCGCGGCUGGAACACACCAACAGCGAAACGCAUCGGCGACUCAUGGCCGAGCACCACGUGAAGCAGCGAGUCGAGGCAAACGUAAAGGCCGUCAUGGACCGCGUCACGGCGCUCGCCGUCAAACCUGCGAUGCAAGAGACGGCGUCGCCACCCUCUGCCAUCCAAGACCUCAUCGCGACCGCGACCAGCACGGACAACUUAUCGCAGAUAGUCCCGACGUGGUUCCCCUGGCUGUAGUCGACCUCGUGUGUCGAGUUGUAUAAUAUAUUCCUUUCUUGUGUUUGCAUGCCGGUGGUCCACGGUGCGCCGCCAUCUGCUGCGGUUUGUGCAUAUCUGCUUCACACAGAUG